UCUUUCUUUCUUUAGUCUUUCUUUUUAAAGAAAUAUGUCUAUUAUAUACAGUAUCUGGGAUAUUUUUACAUUUUCCAGUUUCUAUUCCUGGAGGGUUUGUUCUGUCAGAGAACUUGUCUUUUGUAUUUUAUCAGGAGCACAGUACAAACAAUGUUAUUAGAUCCUUUGAGGGCAGAGAGAAAAAAAAGCCUGUGUGUUGUGGCAAUCCACUAGCCUACCUCCACUUCCUGAAAGCCCUUCCCAGAUAAUUGUCGCUGGGUGGGUGUGACCCUAAAGAAUAUCAAACAAAGACAAGAGUGGCUGAUUGCUUGUCAUAUGGUGGGGGUGGUGGUGGUAAGGUGUGUGAGUGUGUUUGGGGAUGGGGGCAACGUAGGACUUUCCCAUCUGUGUUCAUAUUCCACAGCAAACACAAGCAGUCAGCUGAUGUGGAAAAGUUCCCUUACCUGUUCUAUCUGGCUGUGAAAAGGUAAGCUUUUGUUUUACUGUGACCUUGAAAUGUGACUAGCAAGCAAAUUGCGUGUCUUCCUUUGAAUAUGAGUAAUAUUUCCAAGUUUUUGCUAGAUAUCUAUUGUGUUUAAACUAGAACUGUGGGCAGGAGGAGAUAUUUGAUCCAGGCUUUUCUGCAGGAGGAGGGAUGUUUGACACACUGUAUGAAUGCUUCUGGUCAGACAGUCUAUGGUUGCCUGUGGGCCUAACAUGGGCUGACCUGGAAGACAAAGAGGGCCGGGUCUAUGCCAAAGCCUCCAAUCUUUAUGUGACUCUCCCCUAUGCCUUAGCCUUUUUACUCAUCAGAUACCUGUUUGAAAGAUGGAUAGCAACACCACUUGCAGUUUCUGCUGGAAUCAAGCAGAGAGUCUAUCUGAAAGCUGAGGAAAAUUCUAUCUUGGAGUUCUACUACACUACUCAGUGUCGAAAUCCUGCUCAGGUUGACAUUGAUGGGUUGUCUAAGAAAAGCAGUCUGUCCACGAGACAAGUGGAGCGCUGGUUUAGAAGAAGACGCAGACAGGACCGCCCUGGAGUUCUGAAGAAAUUCACAGAGGCCAGCUGGCGAUUUGUUUUCUAUCUGUCUGCAUUUAUUGGAGGAAUGGUAGCACUGCAUGAUAAAGAAUGGCUUUAUGAUACUAGGGAAGUAUGGACAGGUUUUCCCAAGCAGACCAUGCUAGAGUCUCAGUACUGGUAUUAUAUCUUGGAAAUGAGUUUCUAUGGCUGUCUUCUCUUCAGUGUUGCUUUUGAUGUCAAGAGGAAGGACUUUAAGGAGCAAAUCAUCCACCACUUGGCCACUCUGGUCCUCUUAUCCUUUUCCUGGUGUGCCAACUACAUCCGUGUAGGAACACUGGUUAUGCUUAUCCAUGAUGCUUCCGAUGUUUUCCUAGAGUCUGCCAAAUUAUUCAACUAUGCCAAAUGGGAGAAAACCUGCAAAACUCUCUUUGUUUUGUUUGCCAUAGUGUUCAUGGUAACACGACUGAUCAUCUUUCCAUUUUGGCUGAUCCACUGUACUUGGGUCUACCCUGUUCUCUAUUACCCUGCCUUCUUUGGUUACUACUUCUUCAACACAAUGCUGGUGGUCCUGCUUUGUCUGCACAUUUUCUGGGCCUACCUCAUUCUACGCAUGAUCAGGAAAUUUAUGUUUGGCACACUAACCAAAGAUGAAAGAAGUGACAAUGAAGAGGAAGAUGGGGACGAAAGCAGCUCAACACAGGAUGAAGUUGAACAAAGGCACAAGCCUGCCGGAUCACUGGUGGCUGAUAAGAAGUGUGACAAGAACGGAGGGUCUAGAUCCUUAUCUCCACCAGAGAACAUCUGCUGGUCAAAGACUGUGUGCUGACUCGUAUUCACGACUCUCAGUACAGGAGAAUAAUCCUGAAAUAGACUUUGUGUUUUGCUUAUCAAAAAAGUCCAGCGAGCCAAACAUAUCUCAUAUACAUGCAUUAAGUAACACAGCCCAACUGUUGCCCUCCACAGACAAGAAAGCUACACUUAAACAUUGUUUUCAGAUUUUGAAACUCAAAAAGCUCUGACUAUGCAACAGAAUUCGAGUUUGAAACAUGCCUCAUGUGAGCAAAACAGACUCUUACACAGAGCACCUCUGCAAAAUCGUGCUGUAAAUGUGUUUAAAGCUAUUUUUAAACAUAAAAUCUGGAGAAUAUCAGGAGAAUCAAGUUCCACAAUUUUACCUUUCUUACAUGCAGAAUACAUUAGGAAUAGCCGAAUAAAAACCAGUUUAGGAUAGUGUUAAGACAGCAUAUCGAAUGCAGGAGGCACAACAAAAACAGAAAUCAGGGAAGAAGCAGGGAGCUGAAAAAUUGAAGAUUCAGAGCUGUAUUUAUGUCUGAAAACAACUUCAACACGAACACAUGACCAGGUUUAGAUGUUUUCAGAUUUAAGUUAAUUAUUUUUCCUUCUUAAAUGUAUCUAUUACAAUCCAGUUUCCUAUUAGAUUUUGCAAUACCUGCUUUGGUCAACCACACAAAGAUUGCAUUAUAACAAAAAAAGUUUUAAAAUGAUUCCCAUAUUCAACUUUUUUUUAUUGUACUGGUACUGUGUUUUUAGAAAGCAUGAAUAGAAUGCUGAUAAUGAGCACAUUUGUAUCACAUUUUUUCUUUUCUACUAAAAUGAAACCUGUUUGUUUCCAUUCCAAAGUGAAAAAAAAGAAAACAAACAAACCACUCCCACUAACACUUGGAAUAAUGGUGAAACUUGGGUUGAUAACUGCAGUAACUGUCACUGACCAAAUCAACUUUGACAACUGUCAACUUCGAAUCCUAGCAUGUUAGGUAUUCAUUCAAAACACAGAGAAAUCCCACAGUCACCUGAUUAUGGUCAUAACAACAUUUUAGUGUAAGUUUACAAGAUGAGCUGUAGGGAAAAAGUAGCAUCCUUGUUGCCUCUAUCAGCUUUUCAGAUGUCAUGGUCUUCCUGGAAACAUAAGCAGCAAGUUCACUGUCUGAAAGAGGCAAGUUACAGAAAAGCAGAUGAGUUUUGAAGCAUGUGUGCAUUAGUAACUCAGGGGAAGUGAAAUAGUUUGUUUGGGACUCAUGUUUUACUUCUUUAAUUUUAUUUGUCGUCUGUCUUUUUUUUUAAACAUCUGGUUCUUAUUCAGCGUGACAGUAAGACAACAAUGCCACCAUGAGGCCAAAGAGAAGCAUCGUGCUACUUGUUGCUGUUUCUCCAGUGACUAAAAAAAAUAAAAAGUGUUAUAGGUUUUAGACAGCAAAAUGAAAAAAGCUUUUUUUAAAAUUUAUAUGGUCAAAACCCAGGUGUGAGGAAUUGUCAUUGUCACAUUUGUCACAAUUUCACCCCAAACCAGAAUUUGUCCAUAAACUGUUGUGUUCGUUUUCUUUUCUUAAAGGAAGUACAUCUUUUAAAAGAUGGAAUUCGCUUCAGCAGUUGAAAUUAUAACUUACAGUGUGCUGGACCUUGAUGUGAACCAGCAGUCUGCUCCACAAAACGGAUGACCCUUAAAGCGGGCGAUACAGUUUUAUACUACAACAAAAACAAGUAUUGAUACGUCCUGUACUUCAUUCUCCUCUUCCUCUGCCCAUCAAGUUUGUUUUGUGCUGUAGCUCUAAUCAUAUCGCUGUCACAUCUGUACCCUGGACUGUUUUUUGACAUUUGUUGACUAUAGUAUUCAUAGUGUUCUGUAUUGUUCAAGAGAGCAUCAGCAAACUUGUUAAAUUAAAUUUCUGGACAUUGAAGAUUACCUGGCUGAUCAGCUGCAUAUCAGUGUUACUGUAUAAUGUCAGGAGCCAAUGGGCUUUCCAAGUGCAAAAGAAAAAAAUCUGAUAAAGUUUACUCUUACAUUAUCCACAUUGUGUAAGAGAAUUAUUAUUAUUAUUUUAUUGUCACUGUUUUUCAUUUCAAAACUAUUUAAUUCCAUAUAUUCUAUAUAAUUCUAGGACACAUUUCAUUUACCUGAUCUCACACAUAUACAGUGUUUUUAAAAGCUCUUUUCCUAACUUUCUCACACAUGCACUAAUACUUGCAAAGCAAUGGGGUAAAUAAGGGUUUUAAGUAUCCUUGGGCGAGAUAUUUAAAUCUAUUGCAGGAGC